AUGGCAUCCGGCCCUUCAAUUGCCACGGUGUACGUUCGCAAUCUCGAGGAACGAGUCAAGAUUGAUGUCUUGAAGGAAUCGCUCCUCCAGAUUUUCUCCGAGUACGGAAAUGUACUCGAGAUCAUUGCCAAAACCAACCUGAAGUCAAAGGGCCAGGCUUUCAUCGUGUUCGACGAUGCGGAUUCAGCACAGAAUGCCAUUGACGAAGUCCAGGGCUUCCAGCUGUUCGACAAGCCAAUGCAAGUUGCGUUGGCUAAGACUAGGAGCGAUGCGACAGUGAAAACGCAAGGUAGCGAGGAAGAUUUUGAAGCGCAUAGACGUCGCAGGCUGGCAGAGAAAGAUAAAAAACGAGCCCUCGAGGCUGCCGAAGAACAGAAGCGCAUGCAGCGCUCUGGUGCUGGCGCCGCAACUGACGCCGCAGGUCGACCAGCUAAGGCGGCGAGGGGUGCAGGCCUCAAGUCGAGCAACCCAGCUGCGUCUUCCGUAGUGCCCGACGAGUAUUUGCCACCAAACAAGAUCUUGUUCAUCCAGAAUCUCCCGGAGGACUUCGAUAUCGAAGCAUUGACAGACAUUUUUGGUCGUUUUGACGGCUUCCGAGAAGUGAGACUGGUCCCUGGGAGACGGGGCAUUGCGUUUGUCGAAUAUGAUGGCGAGCAAGGGGCUAUCACAGCCAAGGAAAACACUGCCGGCAUGGUGCUUGGGGAAUCGAGCACCAUCAAGGUAACCUACCAGCGACAGUAG